GGCUUGCUGUUGUGGUUAGCAUGGUAAGUAGAGCACCACCAUGGCUACGUAUGGGGGAACUGAUGCACGAGCUGCUGCUCGGAUUCAGAUGGGGCGGACAGCGAGGUAGAGCAUGUCGGCAACGGUGCGCAGGGCACGCCAUGGAGAAGAGGAAGGCGCGCUGGCGAGCUGGGGAAUCGCGGGGGCGCCCUGAGCUUGCGCUCGCGCGCGGUCCCGGCAGACAGCGCCCGGAGCUUGAAUGGGUGCCGGCAUUGAGGAGCAGUGGCUGGAGCAGAAGAGAAGGUGCUCAAGGAGAGGAGCCACGGACGGACAUGGAAGGGAGCAGAGAGUUGUGCUCGAGCUCUGCGUUUUCUGGACAAAGGGGACAGAGUUCCCAUGCGCCAGCACUUGGGGAAAAUGGCGGCCAGGUGGGGCUGCCGAGGGGGAAGACCGAGCUCGCAGGGGGAAAUGCGGCAGGGGCGCGCGCCGGCCAUGGGGACCUCCUGCUCGGCAAAUCCCGCGCAUGAGCAGAGAGAGUCGCGGCGCGCUGCUGAGGACGAGCUGCUGCUCCUACGGCAUGGGACACAGGAAGAAGGCCAGCGUCGAGCUCCUGGCCAUGGGAGGCGCUGCUCCUUGCUUGGGGAAGAAGGGCGCCGCCGAGGGAGGUGAAGCCAAGGGUAAGGGGUUGCGCGCCCAUGGAGGAGAGGAGGAGCUGCUGCUCGCCUGCACUUGGAGACUCCCUGCUGCUGGCGAGGUGCGCCUGGGAGGCGGCCAUGGGAGGAGCCCUUGCAGGACUGGCCGAUAUCUCCACCAACGACGAGAACUUCGGCCACCAAUGCAGCCAGGGCAGAGGCGAGCUCGGUCUCCAGCCUGGGCGUCAACCGCUUGAGGUCGUACCUGGGAGAGGGAGUGCAUGACCAAGGGGCUGGAGUCGGCUGGGAGGUGGAAGGAGAGAGGGAGA